CGCGGCUAGUAUAGCCCUCUCCUCGAAAUAAAGCACAGACGAACCUAGUCCAUACUGGGCUCUCGGAAAGGCUGAUGUGCACGCGCGACUGUGUGCUCUCUGCGCGCAACUCUUGACGUCCUCUCGACUUCAUCGGGAAAGACAUCUCAAGACUCGAGAACAAGGAAGCCUUCGUCGACGCGUAUACUCACCACCUACGAUCGAAUCCCUCCCUCGCGGGGGUGCAUCAGUCGCGUAGUCGCAUCAGUGCAGUGCGCGGGCGUGUAUACCUAUACGUAUACGCACCAGAAACUGUGUGUUGUUCUCAUCGUUCCCUCUCUCUCUCUUUCUACGCGCAUUUUGACAGAUGGGAAACUCUCUCAAGAUGGCGAUAAAUGCAGCAGCAGCAGCCAAGAAAAUGCUGUGGACAAAGCCGACAAAGUAGAUUGAACAAAGUGGAAGAGCGAGUGGUGGAACGAAAUUUCAAUCAAUGUGUCAGUGAUACAAGAAAAAUACAAGAUGUUUGAGUCGCCUAGAAGCUUGCAGGAAGUCUGCAUUGACUAUAUCUGUGAUAAUGUUAUGGCACUCUGUGAUUUCCACCCUUCGGAAUCGGGUGGAACUUCCAGCAAUUGCUUGUCUACGCCAUCACUUGAUGAAGAAAUGAGCUGCAAUGUAGGCGAAGGCAGCUCCGAUUCUUCUCAAGGUGCUCUACCAACCAAUGCACCAAAUAAUCAUGCUAUGUUGAAUUCUUGUACUAGACUCAGCUUUAAAGAUCCUGACACCUUCUUACCAGCAGAAAUUUCUGAGCAGCUUCUUUACAGCCUAUGCGAAAGAAAGAAGCUGUCAGAUUUGAUCAUCACACUUUUUGAUUCAAAAACCACGAGGCUCAGGCAUGUUAAAUUAAAAGAUGCAUCAAACCUUACUGCUAAAGGGCUUAUAGUUUUAAAGCAGCAUAAAGUUAUAGAUUUAGAGGUGAAUGGGUUAAAAAUUACUGUUAAUGAUUUAAUUAGUUGUUUGGGUGAUUGGAGUUUGCAAAAUCUUAGAUCUUUAAGUGUUGCAAGAGGAAGUUUUAUGGAUUGUUCAAGAUAUUGUGUUGUAGUGGCAUUAAGUAAACUUCGUGCUUUGCAGAUCUUAAAUGUAUCUGGUACUGAAUUCAAUAAGCACGGGUUAGAAAUAGUUGUUGAGGAUUUGCCACUGUUAGAGAGCCUUGACAUUUCUUGCACCAGAGUCGAUGAUAUUUCCCCAUUGAGAAAGUGCAAGGACAGAUUGAAAGCAUUAACUAUGUAUAAUUUAAAAAUAAGUGGCUGUGGAAAUAUGAUAUCGGUAUUGUUGGAAUUGAAUGAAUUAAGGAAUUUAGAUAUAUCAGACGAACGAGAUGCGUACGUAUUUGAAGUGUUUGCGCCUGUACGAUCCAAGAUAACAGAUUUGUUGAAAGCAACUGAUUGUAUGCCGCAUUUAAAAAGCUUGGAUGUAUCAGGCAAAGACGAGAUAGAUGGAAAGGAUCUGUGGAAUUUCAUACAAGCCCAUAAGCAUUUGAAAUUCUUAGGUCUUGUACACUCUGACGCUUGUUUCGAAGAUUGUCUCAUGAAUCCAUCAAACAAAAAUUACAGGCCUGAUCUUGUGGUGAGUGGUACUGCAACAGAAUCUCAAAUUUUGGAGUCUCUCAGAAGGUAUCCAAACAGGCCGAUCUAUGUACAAAAAUGCUUGUACAAUCUGUUUCGCUUAACGUCAUACUUCCAAGAAGCCAGAGUCGACGUAAUAAAACUCGUCAUACCUGGAAUGAGGGCUCACCCACAAGAAUUCCGCGUACAAAUGGCAGCCACUGCGUGUCUUUAUAAUCUUACGAAGGGAGAACUCGCUACAAAGAUCCAUCCCUCUGUGUUGAAGCAAAUCGUCGACCUGACGCUCACGGCUAUGGAGUCUUAUCCCAAUCAUUAUCAGCUACAGAAGAAUACUCUGCUGACACUGUGCAGUGACAGAAUUCUCCAGGACGUAGCUUUCGACAAAUACAGGUGCGCAAAGCUGGUGAUGAAUUGUCUAUCGGCCUUCGACGACGCCUCUAUGAACCGCAUGUCUGUGGCGAUCUGCUCGAUACUGGCCGCUAAAAUUUCGACCAUUGAAACGUCAAUGCUGGGCGCUCAGCCCCAGUACAUGUCGAAACUCCUGUCGAUGGUACGCUCAAAGGUGCAGUCCAAAUCGGUCGACAUUACGAUGAAGUUCACCUUGAGCGCCUUGUGGAAUCUGACCGACGAGAGUGCCGCGACCUGCAAGGUCUUCUUGGAGGAAGGUGGCAUGGAGUUGUUCCUCGAGGUGCUCGACAGCUUUCAGGGCGAAUCCAGCGUUGAAACGAAAGUGCUGGGGCUUCUGAACAACAUUGCCGAGAUCCGAAUUAAAGAGGUCGGCCACCUAAGGCACCGUCUGAUGCAGCCGCGUUUCAUUACGAUGCUGUCGCAACUCCUGGACUCGAAACACAUCGAUGUCUCCUACUUCGCGGCCGGAAUAGCGGCCCACUUGCUGAGCGACGGUCCCCGAUUGUGGAUCACAGUACCGCUACUGCCGACGCGCAACCAGUUGCUGGAUCAGCUGGCCCGCGCUGUUACCAACUGGCAAACGCCCCAGGGCGAGAUGGUCGCCUAUCGAAGCUUUCAACCAUUCUUCCCGCUGCUUCGCUGCUCCGAUGCCUAUCCCGUGCAGCUCUGGGCCGUCUGGGCCAUACACCAUGUCUGUACCAAGAAUCCGAAACGUUAUUGCGAGAUGUUGGUGAAGGAGGGCGGCGUGGAGAUCCUGGAGUCGCUGCAGAUGGAGAAUAGCGAGAGCAUAGCGCAACCGAAUGUGCGCACUCUGUGUCGCGCGAUCCUCGACACCCUAGCUCAACAACCAUGCUAACGACGAGCGGCGGCAGUAAUAGCAGCGCUCGACCUUCAUACGAUCAUCGACGAACAACCAGACAAUGACAAGCACUGACAAAAAAUCUUCGAUUCGCGACCGUUCUGUCGAUCAAUUUAUGCAAACGCAUGAGUUAGCAAAGUGAUGGUGGUGAUGAUGAUGUUGUUGAUGAGGAUGGUACAUUUAAACAACCAAGGUUUUGAAUCGCGCGCCGUUUUUAAUCACACAUAUACACAUACAUCACACUUCAAUGAAAAUGCAAAAAAAUUAGAUGCUGUUGAUCGAGCAAAAGUACCGCCCACUGGUUGGUAUGCUAGUCAAUUUAUUCUCUUACGAAAGAAAUGAAAGAAAAAGGAAAUGGAAACGAAGAAAUCUAUCGCCCCUACUCCUCUUCGCUACCCCCAACCCUCUCGAUCGAUAGUCUUUAAUGGCUAAAAGUUAACUACGACCUUUAGUUCCCUCUGAUUCUGUAAAAGAAAUCCGAGCUAGGGCUGUGCAAUUUAAAGAUCAAUUGAGCAUUGAUUAUCGGAUAAAGAGGACGUCUUUGAUUUGGCAUGGCGCGCGACAGCCGUAUGUAUGACGAACGAGAUGAAAACAAACGAUGAAGUAAUAAUUACAUGCCGCGAAUGAUUCGUCAAAUAGUGAAUCGAAAUUUUUAUAAUUGAUCAAUUUAGGUAGAAGUUGUUUUUUCAAGGUUUCUUUAAAACUAAUUUAAUAUUAAUUACUUUAACUGUUGUUGGAUUGUAAAUAUGUACCUGCCAAAAGGUAACCAUAUAAUAUUAAAAGCAACUUAGGGCUCAUAAGAAAAUGAAUUUUGGAGUUGCCAGAUAAUGGUUGUAAGGAUAAAAUAAAACGUUAUUAAUGAAAUUAAUAAGUUUUAUAGAAUUCGGCAGUUUGAUAUGUAUACAAAAAACCGUUGUGUUUGUUUCCCUCUCGUUCUCUCAUCUGCAGCUUGUGAAGUCUUUGAGGGUUAUUAAAUUUUAUUUAGUUCAAAAAUUAAUUAUUUUAACAAAAUUAAGCUAACAAUUUAACAUUUCGUAUACACUCUAGGUAAAUAAAAAAAUUAUGGAUGUUUGGGCACUGUUACAAAGUAUACUAACCUUGUUAUGCAACUGAACGAUUUAUUAUUUCUUUAUAUAGAGUAAUAUUAAAGUCGCUUUUAAGGCAAGUUAAUUUGUAUAAAUUUUUAAAGAAAAUGUAAACUAAAUAUUUACAACGAUUAAAUUCUCUUUUGAUUUUAAUUUUCAAAUCAUUUAUUUCAAAUUUUCUUACUUUUUUUAAUAUAGGUAUCUCAUUUCAGUACAAAUGAGAUUGAGAAUUAAUUAUUUUUACCUUAGCGUGAAACUAUACAUUUUUUUAAUUUUUGCUUUAUAUUCUGUAACUGAUCGUUUUAAGGUGAAUAAAGUAUAUUUGUUUGCAUAUUUUUUUUCUUUCUUUUAUACAUUAUAAAAAAAUUUACUGCCUCUAUAAAGUAAGAAGUCUUAUUAAGAUAAUUUUUUAUGAUGUACUAUUUUCAUAUUUAUUUAUUUUUAAUUAAUUCUGGCAGAAUUGUUGUAGUAAUUCAUCCGAACUUUGUAAAGGAGAUAAAAAAUAUGAAUUACGCAUUGGCUCGAUAUUUCUAUUGUCCCAAAAACUUUCAUGAUUUUUUUAUUAAUCUUGAUAUGAUGCUUAUUUUGCAGCAUAUUAUGAAUUAAAAAAAAAAAGUAAUGAAUUAUUUAAACGAGUCCAAAACAGCCCUGGUUUUGAUGUAUGAGUGAUUGUCGAAUAUACUUGUGGACCGAAAAUAUAAAAUUUGUCAAGCUGAUUGAUAAUAUUUUUGGCUACAUGCCGUCCUGGACGAAUAUUGUUAAUGCAGAGUAUUAUAAAUUAUAGAAAAUUAUAUUUGCAAGUAACAGAGAUAACUGGCAGUUAUUAAGCAAUUAUUACAAGUUUCACGAUGCGCGCAUAAGCAUUGAGAUGCUGUAAUCUAUCAAAGCGAUAUUUGCCUUUUUCCUCUGUCGAUAUAUUUGUUGAUCUUGGAUUAUGAUUAGAUUUUAAAUCUAACUUAUCCGAGUCUUGUAGAAUUAAUGAAAGAAUGUAAUAGACGGUCGCAAUUAGCGAUCAUUUAAUGAAAAUACAUAUGCGUUGUGUUUCAUAAAAAAACAUUUCUUCUUUUUCUUA